CCUCCUUAGCCAGUAGUGGUUGUUUUUCUCUAUGUAAGAGGUGACUUUUACUUCUUACAUUUUUAUUAACUUUAGUCAGGUUUGGGAGAGCAGCGAUUAUGGAUCUUGACAGCAUAGCAGCUUGGAGAACUUUGGAACUGAAGAUGAAGUGGCUCGGUGCCUUAUUCUUGCUUGUGUUGACUGGGACAGGAGGGGCGGAUCUCCCUCCUCCUGAAAGAUCCUACAAGAUCCUCAUGCUACUUCCUGUUGGCAGUAAGAGCCACAGAAAUGUCUUCAUGCCCUUGGUAGAAGCCCUUGCAGAUAGAGGCCAUAAAGUAGACAUGUUGACCAGUUACGACAUCCAACACCAAAACCCGAACAUCAGAGAAAUCACCCAUGGUCUUCCCCACUAUCCCAGAGCUACAAUUAACAUGUUCAAUGAUGCACAAACAGCAUUUGGCGUUGUUCUUACGUUCAAGGAUCAAUUGAGUAAAAUGGCUAGAGAUAUUUAUCAAGUGCCUCGUGUGAAGGAACUCUACAGGAAGAGGAAGGAGUAUGACCUAAUUGUCCUUAAUCACAAUUAUAAUGAGUUCAUGUACCCCUUCGUACACGAAAUGCUAUUCAUUACCAUCGCUUCUGCUGGCAUGGAUCCCAGACAGAGUGCUACUCUGGGAAAUGUACUUAGCCCAGCCUAUAUGCCCACUUUGUUUUAUGAAGCUAACUGUGAACACGUUUUUGGACGAUUUGCCAAUACAGUUACUAGCAUAGCAAAACCUUUUUACUGGAGAAACUGGGAGGUUAUACCAGCAGUUCAAAAAGAGAUCAACGUGCACUUCCCGGACCUUCCUCCUCUUCUGGAACUAGAGAGGAAUCAAAGUCUCGUCCUGAUGAACUCCCAUUUUUCGACUGAUUUGACUGUUCCCCUUUUGCCUUUCCAAGUGGAAGUAGGUGGUAUGCACUGUCGACCAGCCAAACCAUUACCAGAAGACCUAAGAUCAUGGAUUGAAGGUGCAGGAUCAGCAGGUGUCAUAUACUUCAGCCUCGGUUCAAUUACGAAAGGGACUACAUUGCCUACCAAGUACAGGAAUAUGUUCAUCAAAGCUUUUUCCAAAUUGAACCAAAGAAUUCUUUGGAAAUUCGAAACCGAUUUAGAAGGAAUUCCCGAAAAUGUCAUGAUUAAACCUUGGCUCCCACAACAAGAUAUUUUGGGUCACCCUAAUGUGAAAGUAUUCAUAAGCCAUGGAGGAAGACUCAGUAUGCAAGAGAGCUUGUACCAUGGGACUCCUAUGGUGACACUACCCCUAUUUGGAGAUCAGCCUAUAAAUGGAGCUAGAGUUAUUGCAAAUGGAUGGGGUCUGUCUCUUAAUUAUGAAGAUUUGUCUGUAGAACUCAUUAUCAGUUCACUUGAAGAAGUUACGAACAACGCAACGUAUGUAGAAAAUGUGGUGAAAACUUCAAGGUUAUACAAGGACCAGUUAACUUCUCCAGUAGAACGAGCAGUGUUCUGGACGGAGUAUGUCAUACGUCACAGAGGAGCCCUUAAGUUGAGGUCUCCUGCUGCGAGUCUGUCAUGGGUGCAACUUCUCCUGCUGGAUGUGUUGGCUUUGUUCCUCUUGGUUAUCAUUUUGUCUUUGAUUGUUCUCCACUGGAUUUUCAAGACAGUUGUGAGAGCAGUAUUUGGUAUACAGUAUUUGAAGAAAAAGUUUGAAUAACAUUUCAUAAAAAACAGUUUAUGUUUGUCUAGAAUUGUAGGCAAUAAACACAAUUUAUAAAA